GUUAAAAAUUCCCUAACGCCUCCAGGUAAUCUGUUAUCGAUUGUACAGCCAGACGAAACAAAGUGCCGAACAAAUUUACUGCUCAAAGAAAAUCAUAAAAUUGCAGUGGAAAAUGAACCCGAACCCUAUGAUGCCCAUGUCCGGACCGCAGAUGAUGCAAGUGAUGCAGAGCUCGCCUUCAGGACCUCCCGUGCCUGUGCCCGUGCAGCAUCAGCAGCAACAACAACAGCAGCAACAGCAAGCCGAGAAACUGGACAACAUUUCGAAAGUAAAGAAUCUGCUAGUCCCACUCCGGGAAUCAAUGUUCCUAACCAUCCGCUCGAGCGCAUUUGCGCUACAGCAAAACAACCUGGCGGAUAAUCUCAAACGAGAUACUGGACCACAUGUGCCGCGCUUCGACAAGCAUCUGGAGGAUUUCUACGCUUACUGUGAUCAGAUCGAGAUACAUCUGAAAACAGCAAUGCAAUGCCUUCAGCAACAGAACUCUUCAAAUCAUUAUCUGCCCGGGCCGGUGACGCCGAUGCGGAUGGAGAGCUUCAUGCCGGAGAACGCAGGUCCAAUUCCGUACCCCACAUAUCUUAAUACUGUAAGGGUUCACGUCCAGUCGGCGAAGGACAUACACGACACCCUGAUUAGCGCAGCCCAAAACAUUUCUCAAGCUGAUUGAUAGUUAUAGGUGAAUUAGUUAAUAUUUUUUACCACGAAUAAACUUAAGUUAGUAAUAAAUACAAUUUUAUACACAA